AUGAAUGAGAGGAAGGAAAAGGAAGAAAAAGAUAAGGAAGAUGAGAAAUAUAGGGAGCCUGUGUUCGUGCGAGGCCCGCCGGGCCCCGAGGACUUGCUCCACGGGCCUCCGAAGAGAGUGGAAGUGUUGGAGAAGGGCUUGGCUCGACUUCCUUGCGAUCUCCAGGUCCCUGCACACGGAGAUAAUGUCGUCCUGGUUCUCUGGUACAAAAUUGGCAUCCGCACCCCCAUCUACAGUUUCGACGUUCGAGGGCGGGACUUCAUGAACGCGAAAAAAUGGUGGGAUGAGGCGCACUUUGGACAAGGGGGUAGGGAAAGGGGGAAAUUCUUACACGGAGAUCAACAAAGGCCCUUCACGAUUCAAGACGUGACAGAAGUGGACUCGGGUCUCUAUCGAUGUCGCGUGGACUUCAAAUUCUCGCCCACUCGGAACGGACUCGUAAAUCUCACCGUCAUCGUGCCUCCCGGGACGCCCGAGAUCCAGCCGAUUCGAAGACACGGGGUGCAGGUCAAGGUCGGUCGGAUUCUGGGCCCUGUCAACGAAGGGACCUAUGUGGAAUUGCUCUGUCGAUGUCGACACGGUGAUCCCUCGCCACAACUGAGAUGGUUCAGGGGAGACGUCGUCAUAGACGGCACGUGGGAAGUGUUCCAAGAGGACAGAGUUCAGGGGGUCGAAGUGAGGAAUGUCCUCAGCCUUGGACCGUUGACGCCGUCAGACGUAGGCGGGAACCUGACUUGCCAGGCCUGGAACCACGAACUCGCUCCCCCAACCUCCACCUCCAUCAUCAUCAAACUGAACCUGAAGCCAAGACGAGUGGAAAUUCGCGAGAAGCCGAAUUUCCUAUCGGCCGCGGUGGAGACGAAACUGGAGUGCGAGACGUGGGGAUCGCUGCCUUCUGCUUAUAUUAAUUGGACCCUGGCCGAUAAGAAUCUGACUGCAACGACGACAGAGGUGGGGAACAGGACGUUGAGCGAGUUGCGUCUGAGGGUGAGGAAAGAGGACUCUGGGAAACUCCUGUCGUGCACAGCCAGAAAUCCCCAUUUUCCAAAUCUCGUCCUUUCGGACGCUUUCAUCCUCAACGUUCAUUGUGAGUUGAAGGAAUCUCUUGAUUCUGACGCCGUGGAUCCAUCGACGUCUGAUCGGUCUCGUCUCGAUGAAGAUGCGCCAGAUGUGUCCCUGAGGUGGGGUGCGUCAUUGGCCCUGGGACUCGACGGAAAGGAUGGAAUCGAAGAAGGGAAAGAUGUAUACCUGGAAUGCAUUGUCCACGCCUCGCCUCCAGCUCACAUCCUCUCCUGGACUCACAACGGAGUGAGUCUGGUGCAGAACGUGAGCAAAGGAGUGAUCUUGAGCAAUUACAGCCUCGUGCUACAAAAUGUUCGCAGAGAAAGUGGAGGGGAAUAUCGUUGCUCCGCUUCCAAUAUCCUCAAUGCAACCACCAGUCCACCUCUAUAUCUCAAUGUCAAGUAUGCUCCGGUGUGUCGAGAGAACCAGGAUCGCACAGUAUAUCGAUUGAGUCGAAGAGAAGAAGCCAGUGUGAAGUGCCAAGUCUUUGGCCAUCCUCCUCCUACUAGCUUCAAAUGGACUUUCAACAACACCUCGGAUCUCGUGGAUAUCCCCCAGGAACGAUACACCAGUGGGCAGGAAGAGAGUGUCUUGCGAUAUAUCCCGAUGACGGAGCUGGACUACGGGUCCCUUCAAUGCUGGUCAAGCAACAAACUCGGAACUCAGCAAAUUCCCUGCAUCUUUCACGUCAUCCCUGUCCGGAUACCGGACCCGCCACAGAACUGCACGUUGAUGAAUUCCUCCCCGGAUUCUCUGGAAGUGGAUUGCGACGUGGGGUUCGAUGGGGGAUUACCGCAGCAAUUCCUCCUCGUAGUUCACGACGAGGAGACCGGGGAAUUACUGAAUAACCUGAGUUCGCCGAAGGAGCCGGUAUUCCGAAUCCAGGGACUUGAAGGUGGUCGGGGUCUUCGUCUCUCCAUCUUCUCUUUCAACGACAAAGGACGGAGUCCCACCGUCUCGCUUUCGGCCACCAUCCCUUCCAUGGCGGCCAAGAGGACCACCGGUCAAGGGUUGGUGCGAGGGAUCCCCCUGGCGCCGGUGCUGGCGAUUCUCUUAGGGGUGGUCGGUGGUCUUCUCCUCGUCGCCCUCGUCAUCCUCGGGCUACUAAGGAGACGAGGAAGUUCGCGUGGGACUGGAAGUAGUACCCCUCCCACGCCUCCAGCUCCUCCCCAGAACCGGCCGCCAUCCUCUUCCCCAUCCAAGCAUUCUCUUAUGACAGACGAAGAGAAUCCAGACCUCAUUCUGCAUCACGUUCAAGCGGGAGGAGGAGGAGGAGGAGGAGGGACGUCAUCAGGGAAAGAAAUUCUGGUCACGGAUCCUGGACGACUCACUUAUCCAGGGAGCUUGGGCGUUUCUCUUCCCAUCUGGCUUCAUCCCUCUCGCCAGAGCCUCGAGAUGUCCCAAUGGUCGAGUUUUGAACAGGGAUCUUCGAUCCCUCAGCUCAGACCUAAUCACACUUCUUUGUCCUUCUCACCUGCUAGGUGAUUUUUUCAGCACUGAAUGGAAAAAAGUGAUCCCGAGUCACACAUCAAAUCUCUUCUCAUCUGAUCUGUGAUAGGCUUAUUCUUUUUAUCAUAAUGAUUUUCCUCUGCUUUCUUUGUUACCCU